UUUCAAACUAUAUUUUUUCCUAACUGAAGUUCCUAAUCGACAAAAAAAAUAAUUCAAACUCAAAACAUCUUCGAAUAUUAAGGAUGAAGGCCAUAAAAACAACCGAUAUUUUGGCUCCUCGGCCCGUACAUCCCAGGGCCAUACGUAACCAUGGUCUCUUCGAAUCCACUUUUCUCAGGCAACACAUGGUCAUUGAUGAGCGCUGGUCCAUGGGGGCAUUGAUUGAUGAGUUUCAGGGCAUGGCGGAUUUGCUAAGCAAACGCAUGAUUUUCAAACGCCUCGAGAAUCGAGCCUCCCGCAAGGGUCUCCUCAAAUCGGCCCGCCGCCUACGCCUGCAAUGUCGUGAUGGUCGCACCAAAUUACAAAAUGUUCUCUUCGGCGAUAAUGUCCUAUGUGUGCGGAAUUUUCUCAUCAAUCACAAGGACAUGCAGCGUCUGUAUGAGAAGAUGCCCGUCCAUAUGGUGGUGGACAACAUCAAUCAGAGGACAUUUGUGAUGCGCAAGGAGCGAGAUCGUCUCACGCAUCGUCUGCGCCAACUGAAAAGUGAAUACGAAUUGAAAAUCGUACAGAAGGGUGAGAUUGAAAAUCGCAUAAAGUACCAAAAUGAAUUUGUGUUGGACGAAGAGCUACAAAUGCGAGAUUUCGAGAAAAAUAUUGAAAAUUCCAAUACCCGUUUGAGGGCCAUCAAGGCAGUGAAUGCAACCUAUAGGAAGAUCAUAGAGGUCCUACGGCAUGAUGGUAUAUUCUAUGAACCGAUUUUGCGUUCCUUGUGCGAGGACAUCAACGAUCAGGCGAGUUUCAUCAAGCACAUCCUGUAUUUGGGAACACCGGCCAUUGCAAAAUUCAAGCAGCUGGGAAUGGAGUAUAGGCAAAUGGAGGACAAAUCCCGUAAGUCGGCCCAAAUAAAAUUGGAAAAUCUAACCAGUUUUAAUGAAUCGGACGUAAAGCCAGGCCAACCCAAGGGUCCCAAACCGCCCGAAUUGGUGGUGAAUAUGGCCAAACAUUAUACACGUGAAACCAAGAGCAUGCUUAGCCUCCAACAUGAAUUGGAGUCCAUUGAGGCGGUCAUAAAACAAAUCAAGGAGGCCACUUUGUGUUCCAAGGCUACGGAAAUAUUUCCGAGAAUCAAAACCCAGGUUGAAAUCAAUUUCAAGCUCAUCAAACAAAACGAGUUGGGCCACAUGCAAACAGACUACCUGGCCUUCAAGGAGAGAGUGGCAGCUGAACAGCAGAGCAUUUUGCUGAACAACUAUUUUGAGGAGGAGGAAAGGCGCCUCAAGAACAUUAAGGACCUGGAAGAGCAAAUCAAACUGGAGGAUGCCAAGGAGGUUCAGACCUUGGCCCACAUGAAAAAUCGAGCUGCAGUCUUUGUAAUACUGAGAUACGCUCUCUGGAAUAUCUCGGAUAUAGUGCGCCACGUUGGGCGGCCACCCAGGGUACAUAAAAUUCAAUAUCCCACACCCUAUUUGAAGUUGCCUCUGCUCAAAUAUGAAAUGCUGACCAUGUAUGCGGUUCCGCCAGAACUUUUCGAGGAAGAUACCAAGACAAUUCUCCAAAAUGCCGAGCGUAAACUCAAAACCCUCAUGGAAGCCUACGAAAAAUUGCUACCCUCCCAGAGGACCCGCAAAACCAUACCCUUUGACAGCGCUGAGCUUACCGAGGAUUAUCAUCAGAAAUAUUUGGCCAGCAUGGAAUUAGAAGAUCUGGCCGAGACGUCCAAGCCACUGCCCGAGGAUGAGGAUGUCUUGGAAGAUGCGAAAAUUUCACACAACAUACCGAAUCGUAAACAACUAAAGGCCCAAAGUGCCAAACUUGUUGAGGAGCUGUCGAAAAGGGAGGAGUGAAGAGAGGAGAGGAGAGGAGAGGAGAGGGGGAAAGAAUCGAAAUGUAUUGAAGAGAAUAUAUUUUGUUGGCAAAAUAAAUUUUUCAUAAAAAACGAA